AGCACCAGAGAGAGAGAGAGAGAGAGAACAAAGCUUUUGUCUUUGUUAUUCUCACUUCUCAAGACUCAACCUCUUUCCCACCCAAUAUUUGGCUCUUUCUCUCCAACCGUUUCAGAAAUAGAGAGAGAGAGAGAGAGAGAGAGUUGCAGUGUCGAAUGCCGCUCGAUUGAAUCACCACCAUUGCCAUUUCUCAUUUUCAUCGCCUACCCUUUUCAAUUCACAGUCUCUAGAGCUCAUCCCCAUCUGGGUUUUUGUUUUGAUUUCUCCAUCUGGGUUUCUUGUCUUUUGAUUCAAACAAACACAACCCAGAAAAAUCAUGGCUGCCACUUCCGUCGCGUCCCCUCUCUGCACGUGGCUCGUCGCCGCCUGCAUGUCGGUCACGUGCGACGGGGAGCCUUCACGUGCCAAGCUGGGUGGUGGUAGUGGCGGCCGGAGACGGAGGGUGGCCAAAUGUAGUAGCUGUAGAAGUAGUAGUAGGGGUGUGAUUGGUGGAUCCAGCAUUCAGGGGUUGAUGAGUUCUUGCUUGGCUUUUGAGCCUUGUGAUGAGUACUAUAGCUCUCAGGGUUUAUCUUCUUUGGGCUCAAAUGGUCUGUUUGGAUCCAAAGCUGGGUCUAUGAAUCGGAGCAGGAGGCGGUUUAGUGCCCAUUCUGGAAAAACCAUGGCCGUUGCUCUGCAACCUACCGAAGAAUUAACAAAACAGAAGAAACCUGUAACAAAACAGAGGCGAGUGGUUGUGACAGGAAUGAGUGUGGUGAGCCCACUUGGUCAUGAUGCUGAUGUUUUUUACAAUAAUCUGCUUGAGGGUGUUAGUGGCAUCAGUGAGAUUGAAGCUUUUGAUUGUUCCCCAUUUCCUACUAAAAUUGGUGGAGAAAUCAAGUCAUUUUCCACUGAUGGAUGGGUAGCACCAAAAUUUUCCAGAAGAAUGGAUAAAUUCAUGCUUUACCUACUUACUGCUGGAAAGAAGGCCUUGGUAGAUGGUGGAAUGACAGAAGAAGUCAUGAAGCAAAUUGAUAAAACUAAAUGUGGGGUGUUGAUUGGUUCUGCCAUGGGUGGAAUGAAGAUCUUCAAUGAUGCAAUUGAAGCUUUACGGGUUUCAUAUAAGAAGAUGAAUCCUUUCUGUGUGCCUUUUGCAACUACAAAUAUGGGUUCUGCGAUGCUUGCAAUGGAUCUGGGUUGGAUGGGCCCAAACUAUUCAAUCUCUACUGCUUGCGCUACAAGCAACUUCUGCAUUUUGAAUUCAGCAAAUCAUAUCAUUAGAGGUGAAGCUGACGUUAUGCUUUGUGGUGGUUCAGAUUCAGUAAUGAUACCUAUUGGCUUGGGAGGCUUUGUGGCCUGCAGAGCACUUUCACAAAGGAACAGUGAUCCUACUAAAGCAUCACGGCCUUGGGAUAUUAAUCGUGAUGGAUUUGUCAUGGGGGAAGGAGCUGGAGUGUUGAUUCUAGAAGAGUUAGAACACGCUAAGAAAAGAGGUGCAACCAUCUAUGCAGAGUUUCUCGGUGGAAGCUUCACAUGCGAUGCUUACCACAUGACAGAGCCACACCCUGAUGGGGCUGGAGUUAUCCAAUGCAUAGAGAAGGCAUUAGUUCAGUCUGGCGUAUCUAAGGAAGAUGUAAAUUACAUCAAUGCACAUGCAACAUCAACACCAGCCGGAGACCUUAAAGAGUAUAAUGCUCUGAUGCAUUGUUUCGGGCAGAAUCCUGAGUUGAGAGUCAACUCUACAAAGUCCAUGAUUGGUCACCUGCUAGGAGCAGCUGGUGCUGUGGAGGCUGUUGCAGCAGUACAGGCAAUACGAACUGGAUGGGUGCAUCCAAAUAUCAAUCUGGAAGAGCCAGAUGAGGGUGUGGAUAUGAAAGUGCUAGUAGGCCCAAAGAAAGAAAGACUGGACAUUAAGGUGGCAUUGUCUAAUUCGUUUGGGUUUGGUGGCCACAACUCGGCAGUUUUGUUUGCUCCUUACAAGUAGUAACAUUGAUCCAGUGACCUACUCCAACAUUUACUUCAGUAUCACUGAAGUGAGCACCCAGGAAGUCUCUUGUAUUCGAUCCUCUGUUCGGGUUGGGUGAAUUGUGGCUCUGAAAAAUAGAAUUGGUUGGACAGCUGAUCACUUGAGAAUACUGUUGUGUAUACCAAGGAGAAUAUUAGGAGCACCCUAUGGUUUAUCAAGAAAUACUUUCACUUAUUGUUGUUAAAAAAAUCCCCAUGUUCGUAAUAGCCACAGUAGAGUUUGAUCCUACGCGGGCAGUCGCUGCACCACCUUAAAAGCAGUAGUUGAUUUUGGUUUCAUCUACAAGUAGUUGGCUUUUGUGUUUCUUAGUACUGCUUGUAUGUAAUUACGUUGGAAUCCAUUUUCGGCUACAAAGGUACAUAGCUUGAUAACAAAGAUUUUGAUAUAUCCCAGUGCGGC